CAGUUUUCUGUUAUAUGCAGAUAAUAGAUGAGUUGGGGUCAUUUGACAAGUACAUUUGGAGCUUCGUGAAUCACAAGCCAAUAACUGGUCAAUUUCGGUACCCUCGCCAGGUUCCCGUCAAGAGUCCAAAAUCAGAGGUUAUAAGCAAAGACCUUGUCAGAAGAGGAUUUCGAAGCGUGGGGCCGACAGUUGUUUAUUCAUUUAUGCAAGUGGCUGGACUGACUAAUGCCCAUCUUAUUAGUUGCUUUAGGUUUCAGGAAUGCAUAACCGGAGUGGAAUCAAAGGGAAAAGAUAACGAUGAAGAAGCAAAUGAUGCAACUAGAAAACUUGAGGAGACUAACUGACUUGGGAUAGCUUGUCA